AUGGCGGCUGCCGUGCCCAUGUUUUUGCCAGUCCUGCUGAAGGCCGGCGGUCUUUCCACCCCACCCUGCAGGGUCCAUGCCAUCUUCCCCACUCCUGACUUGGCCCUCCUGAAGGAUCACCAGGUGGAGAAGGUGGUGUCCUACGCCAAAAAGGUGGAAGGGGACGUCUACCAGUUGACCAACCACUGGGACGUGUAUUGCUGCCUCAUUAUGGUGAAGCUCUUCAAAAUAGAAAAGGAACUGAGGGAGAAGAGGGCCCUCUGGGGCCACAAGCAAGGCAUCGCGGACACCCAGGCCUCGCCCAGGGGACCAGCCCAGCCUGCGGUGCCUCUUGGCAGUCAGCUGGCCGCCCCGGAAGUGCCUCCGAGCCCCACCCAGGACCCCCCAGGUGUCCCUCCGCUGAACCCCAUGUCCAUUUGGACCAUCCAGACCUCUCCCGUUUCGCUGGACCCCCUGGCGGCCCCCCAGACAAGCCCGCCUGCUCAGACCCACGGCGAGGAAGCGGCUCCGGCGGUGCCCGCCACUUCCCCUUGGCUGCCUCAGCCCCAAAGUACAACAAGGGCCUCUUUGGGCACCUUCCCGAGCCCUCCACCGGCCCCCGGCCAGUUCCUGCCCCCGCAUCUGUUUCCUGCCCCCCUCGGAGCUCUGGACGCCAGCCUGGGCAUCCUGGGGGAAUCGGCUCCACAGGAUGGAGGAGCCCAGGGCCAGGACCCAGGCUCCCCCCUCUCUCACUCUGUGCCCACCGUGACCCUUCUGCCUCCUCACGCCUUGCCAGGGGCCCAGAGUCAAAGUGCAUCCUUGGGGCCGAUGGCGGCGGCAGCAGCAGCAGCACCGGGCCUGAGCCCAGAGCCCCCUUCCCAGCAGCAGCCCCACCCACCCUGCCCGAAGUCAGCCCCGGGCCCAGGCACCCUGGGGGACCCCCACUUUGGGACCAGAGAGGCUGCCUCCCACGGGCUGCUGGGUAAACGCCGGAGGCUGGCCGAAGGGGGCUGGAGUGCCUCCCCUGCUGGCCCCUCCCCCUUGGCCCUCCCCGAUGCCCUGGCGCAGCCACCUCCGGUGACCCUCGAGUCCCUUCACCGUUCGCUGGAAGACUUGCGCAUCUCUGUCCUCCGCAACCUUGGGGCUGUCCAUAGGCAGAUGGAGGCCCUGGAGAAGAGGAUCCACACGCUGGAGCGCUGGCGGGCGGAGACGGAGGGGCGCCAGUGUG